AUGCUAAAAAUCCUACUCCCUACAAUUAUAUUAUUACCAACAAUCACACUAUGUAAACCAAAACAACUAUGACCUUCCACAUUAAUCCAUAGCCUAACAAUUGCUACUCUAAGCUUACAAUGAUUUAAACCUUCCAUAGAACCAACCAUAAACUUUUCUAAUAGCUAUCUAGGAAUAGACCAAACCUCAGCCCCACUAUUAAUCCUAUCAUGCUGACUUACCCCUAUAAUAAUCUUGGCUAGCCAAAACCACUUAGCUACCGAACCAACCUCACGAAAACGAACCUUCACCUUCACUAUCAUCUCACUACAAAUUUCACUAAUACUAGCUUUCUCAACCAUAGAACUAAUUAUAUUUUUUAUUGCAUUUGAAACUACACUUAUCCCAACACUAAUAAUUAUCACACGAUGAGGCAACCAAAUAGAACGACUAAAUGCAGGAACUUACUUUCUAUUUUAUACCCUCAUUGGAUCUCUUCCACUACUAAUCGCUCUACUAUCCCUAAACACUGAAAACGGUUCCUCAUCAAUAUACACAAUACAACUAAAUCAACCUAUCAUACCAAACUCAUGAACCCAUACAACAUGAUGAUUCGCACUACUAAUAGCUUUUAUAAUCAAAAUACCACUAUACGGUUUACACUUAUGACUACCAAAAGCACAUGUAGAAGCCCCAAUUGCAGGCUCAAUAAUUCUAGCUGCAGUAUUACUAAAACUAGGAGGAUAUGGUAUCAUCCGCAUUACAAUAAUACUAAAUCCCCUGUCAAAAACACUUUCCUACCCUUUUAUGGUACUCGCAUUAUGAGGAGUAAUCAUAACUAGCUCUAUCUGCUUACGACAAACAGAUCUAAAAUCACUAAUUGCCUAUUCAUCAGUAAGCCAUAUAGGCCUUGUCAUCGCCGCAACACUAACACAAACUCAAUGAGCCUACACCGGCGCAAUUACACUUAUAAUCGCUCAUGGCUUAACAUCAUCAAUACUUUUUUGCCUAGCUAAUACAAAUUACGAACGAACUCACAGCCGAACACUACUAUUAGCCCGAAAUAUACAACUCCUACUCCCCCUAAUAAGCCUAUGAUGACUACUUGCUAGUUUAACUAACAUAGCCCUUCCACCAACCAUUAACCUAAUAGGAGAAUUAACCAUUAUUACUUCACUAUUUAACUGAUCCAACAUUACAAUCCUAAUAACAGGAUUAGGAACCCUAAUCACCGCUACUUACACCCUAUACAUAUUAUCUACAACACAAUGAGGGGAAACACCUUCAUACAUCAAAACUAUCCCCCCAACCCACACACGAGAACAUCUCUUAAUAUCAUUACACAUCCUACCAAUAAUUCUACUAAUAACAAAACCAGAACUAAUCUGAGGCUCCUUCUACU